CUGAUCCAUGCGUGCGUUCAUCUCGUACGCAUUUGCUUGCCCAUACUCAUGAUCAAUCUCCAUCAUGUCUUCCAUGCCACCAUUGGCAGGCCAUUCGUUAUCAGUGACCAUUGCCGCAGGGGCCUGCGCAAUUGCUUGUUGACCCUCCACAUUAUCGUAAACCUCUGCCUCCAACUCUCCCACCUCGAGUGUAUCAUAGUCAUUCGUCAAUCCGGUAUGUAGGCGGGGCGGCGGCUUCAAUGUAGCAGCUGGCUGCCUCGUGUGCACAUGGGCGGGCGCGUUCGGAGCUAGCGGCGCAUUCUGUUGCUGGUGUGUCGCUGGACCCUGAGUUGCUUGGAAAGCAUUCUGCUCGAGCUCGUAUAGCGUACCCGGUGGCAGGGAAUCGAGGUCGUCGGAGAAAUAAUCAUCGUCAAUGUCUUCCAUGCCCCCGCCAUGAAUCGUGCUACCGGCGUAUUGGUAGGACGAAACUGGGGAGAGGUGAAUCGGAGAAGAAAAGUGGAGACGCCGACGGGGGGAAGUUGAGCUUCACAGGGGAACGAUCAUCCUGGGGCUUAGCUGAUUAGGGCCGGUCGAGGCAAAGGGUCUAAAAUUAUUGAGGGACUCGGCGGGUGAGGCGCAGCUCCACGGUUCAAAUUAUUGUCGUUGUCUUUUUUUUUUCCAAAACAUCCUUUUCCCCCCAGAAAGUCGCGCUCGUGUUGACGGAGCUGACCGCUUUCGGAUUCACAUGAGCUCAUGAACCAGCCAACUCCACUCUUCUUCUUCUCUCUGAUCUCGUCUUAAAUCCCCUCCACUCUCUCUUCACCCCUCCCCCUUCCCCCUUAUUUUCCCUCUUUCGGCAUCAUGUCCAAAUCCCGCCGUAAUGUUCGGUUCCAGCGCCGGUCCAACGGUGAGCGGCGGCUGAGCGUGUCCUCCGACGUCAGCGAUGGCCCAUCGGAACCCUCCAGCCCAAGCAAAAAUGGCAACGCCUCGCAUCCGUCUACGAUACCCGAGGAGAAGCCGCAGCAAUCCGAAUAUGAGAAGAAGAAACAGACCUUCAUCACCCGGACGAUAUGGACCUUCGUGAUGAUCGCCGGCUUUUUCGUCGCCUUGUUCUCUGGUCAUAUUUAUAUUAUCGGCCUUGUGACUGCCAUUCAGAUUGUCUCGUUCAAAGAAGUUAUCGCCAUCGCCUACGUCCCCAGCAAGGAGAAGAACCUCCGCUUCACCAAGUCCCUGAACUGGUAUUUCCUCGCAACGACCAUGUACUUCCUGUACGGAGAGAGCGUUAUCUACUACUUUAAGCACAUCCUACUGGUGGAUAAGGUGCUUCUUCCCCUGGCGACGCAUCAUCGUUUUAUCAGCUUCACUCUCUACGUCAUGGGCUUCGUGUUCUUCGUUGGGUCAUUGCAGAAGGGUCACUACCGAUUCCAGUUCACCCAGUUCGCUUGGACUCACAUGGCCUUGUACCUGAUUGUGGUUCAGGCCCACUUCGUGAUGAAUAACAUUUUCGAGGGCAUGAUCUGGUUCUUCCUUCCCGCAUCUCUGGUCAUCACCAAUGACAUCUUUGCCUAUGUCUGCGGAAUUACCUUUGGUCGCACUCAGCUGAUCCAGCUGUCCCCCAAGAAGACCGUUGAGGGUUUCCUUGGAGCUUGGAUCUGCACGAUCAUUUUCGGGUACUUCAUGACCAACCUGCUCAUGCAGUACAAGUAUUUCAUCUGCCCGGUCAACGACCUCGGUGCCAACGUUCUGACUGGCUUGGAGUGCGUACCUAACCCCGUUUUCGUUCCGCAGCCCUGGUCUCUGGCAGUGUUUGGCAUUGAUAAGACCCUCUACAUCGCACCCAUGCAAUUCCACAUCCUGGCAUUCGCUACUUUUGCAUCCCUCAUUGCUCCUUUCGGUGGCUUCUUUGCUUCUGGUCUGAAGCGCACCUUCAAGAUCAAGGACUUUGGCGAGUCUAUCCCCGGCCACGGUGGUAUCACCGAUCGGAUGGACUGUCAAUUUAUCAUGGGUUUCUUCGCCUUCAUGUAUUAUCACAGCUUCAUUGCCAUCUACAAGGCGAGCGUGGGCGACAUUAUUGAGACUGUCAUCAACGGCUUGACUGUUGACGAGCAGCUUGAUGUUGUUCGCGGCCUCUCCAAGUACCUGUAUAACCAAGGUGCCGUCUCAGAGACUGUAUGUAUCCGCGCUGGCCAAUGUUUUUGGAUUAUACUGACUUCCUUAGAUCCUGGACUGUCUCGCCACUGAGCUCAAGCGCCGAUGAAUCCAACUCGGCUGACCCCCUCAUAAUUCCAAAAAAUGACGACUUCUUAUUCACCCUUUCCGUUUGCUCAUAAUACGAGGGAAAGUUCCCGACCCCGUGCGUCUUCCUCGAUUCCUUGAGAGAAUCUCAAUUACGUCGAUCUCUUCUUUUCCUUGCUCUUCUCACUGGUACAUGAACGUGCAUACUGUUGUGUCACCCUAUUGGGACCUGCAGGCGCUUGCAUGCAUAUGAUAAUCAACAUCCGAUCUCAGCCUUUCAACCCGACAUCAACCACACCUCGAGAACAAUACGGCGGCCGCGAAUAAUCUUCGCUUGGAGCACGGGGUGGGUCUUUUCUUCGCUUCGUGCUUGUUUUCUGUCACAAAUAUUUUCGCUCAGUACUUUCCUUUUCUUUUCUUUUUAUUUCUACGUUUUCUGCCCACUGGCUCUGGGCUCUGAACAAGCCCUACUUGAUGAUUAUGUUUUAAAUGCUUGAGCUGGGGGUCUCAAGGCAUGCUGGUAUAAUUCGCGACCGUGGAAGGAAUACACGGUCCUUUUGAUGCAUAGCAGGAAAAGGAGGCGAAAGACAAAGCCUACUUCGGGAGAAACGAUGUGACUUGCUUUUUUUCCCUAGUCGUCCGGUGCUUCUCCCUACUGGGAUGUGUUCCUGUUGCCAUGGACUGUAAAAUUUGUAAAUAGCUUUCAAUCAAACCCUUUUUUGGAGCUGAUGUUCUGCUUCUGUUGUUUUGCCCAGUUACUCG